AGUGAAAACCACUUGCUGGGGUAGACAGGAGUCAGUCUUGCAUCCCUCCCUCCCUUUUUUCCUCCUCUCCGACCUUUGGGGCUCUGGUUUCCUGCAAGCAGUGAAUUAUUGAUGUCUACUCAGAGAUACCACGUUGGCCCUUCCCAGGUUGCCAACGGGGUGGGGCAGGGAGGUGGCUUUGUUCAGAGUCUGUAAAUAGGAGGAGCAAGUUUCUUGUUCAAACAGCACUUACAGGUAGGUGACUGUUUUUGCUAAGUCAUCCUGGGGAUGCUCAGAGCCCCACUGUGAGAGCCCUCCUGGCUCCUCCUUCCUCCCCACCCCUUUAAUCGACCCUUAAGUGGGCUCACAGGGCUCUGCCACUCACUCUGCACGUCCACCAUGGCUUACAUUGCCAAGUCCUUCUACGACCUCAGUGCUAUCAGCCUGGAUGGGGAGAAGGUAGAUUUCAAUACGUUCCGAGGCAGGGCAGUGCUGAUUGAGAAUGUGGCCUCGCUUUGAGGCACAACCACCCGGGACUUCACCCAACUCAACGAGCUGCAGUGCCGCUUCCCCAGGCGCCUGGUCGUUCUUGGCUUCCCUUGCAACCAAUUUGGACAUCAGGAGAACUGUCAGAAUGAAGAGAUCUUGAACAGCCUCAAGUAUGUCCGCCCUGGGGGUGGAUUCCAGCCCACCUUCACCCUUGUCCAGAAGUGUGAUGUGAAUGGUCAGAACGAGCAUCCUGUCUUCGCCUACCUGAAGGACAAGCUCCCCUACCCUUAUGACGACCCGUUUUCCCUCAUGACCGAUCCCAAGUUCAUCAUCUGGAGCCCCGUGCGCCGCUCAGAUGUGUCCUGGAACUUUGAGAAGUUCCUCAUUGGGCCGGAAGGGGAGCCCUUCCGCCGCUACAGCCGCACCUUCCAAACCAUCAACAUCGAGCCUGACAUCAAGCGCCUCCUCAAAGUUGCCAUAUAGACACUAGCAGGUCUAUCUCCUCCCGCCCUGAGUGUCUCUCCUGAGCACGCACUGUGCCCUCAGAAGACUGCUGGGCCCAAGCUUUCCCUUCAGAUCAGUCCCCUUCACUGAAGAGCCUUGCCUUUCUGGUCUGUUUCCUUCCCCUCCCGCAACCUUCUGGUGACUCAGCCUGGGGCUCCAAGAGGUGGGUGGGCUCUGAGUCUUCACAGAAUGAUGGCACCUUCCUAAAUCUGUAUGGGCGGUGUCUGAGAAGAGUGGAGGCCUGGAGCCAGCCUGUGGGCUGAGUCCAAUAAAGGGUAGGUGUGGAAACAGCCAGGCUCUG